CGAAAAUGUGAUAAACUCGUGUUUCAACACGGACGCCUCGUCUACCGCCCACGAUCACCUCCCCAAGUACCCAUUCUUGGUGAUGGACAUCCUUGAACGGUUCAAGGUUACCACCACCAUUGGCCCGCUCACCAAGGCCACGAAGCUUUGGACGAUCAGUGCCCAAACCUUCACGAAGCGGUCGGACAACGCCGCACCUGCCACUGCCGCACCAUGCCGCACUGCCGAUGGCCUAGCCGAACCCCAGGCCCGGGCCAACCUUGCCUCCAUCACCGACUCCCUCAACCGGCUGAACUUCAAAGUCGAUGGGGUGGACGGGUACCUUGAAUGGCUCGACGAGGCUGUUCAAAGCCAAGGCUCCCCGGACGAGGAUGAGUUCGACGAUGCCAUUGAUGUUGAUGAGAUGGACGUCGAUGACGACGAGGAGGAAACUGAAGAUGAAGACUAGGCCGCCCCUAGAUAAGGGGGAAGAAAAGGGCUAUGCAUAU